AUGUACUUUAAAGGAAUAUGGAAUGAGAAGUUUGAUACUUCGGUAACGAAAGACAGUGACUGUUACCUUUUAAAUGGUAGCUCCGUCAAAGUUCCCUUCAUGACCUCCUAUAAGAAACGGUAUAUUGGAGAUUUUGAUGGUUAUAAAGUUCUUUAUCUUCCUUAUAAUCAAGGCAAAGAUGAGUGUCAAUUCUCUAUGUAUAUUUUUCUUCCAGAUGCAAAAGAUGGGUUGUCAACCUUGGUUGAGAAGCUGGCUUCUGAAUUUGAGUUACCAGAACACAAUCUUCCUCUCAUUAAAAAAGUGGCGGUAGGUGAGUUCAAGAUUCCAAGAUUCAAUAUUUCGUUUGGAAUUGAAACUACUAAUACGAUGAAGGAGUUAGGAGUGAUUUUACCUUUCUCUGCUGGAGGUUUUACAAAAAUUGUGGAUUCUUCUUUUGAGGGUGAAAACCUAUAUGUUUCCAACAUAUUUCACAAAUCUUUCAUUGAAGUAAAUGAAGAAGGCACUGAAGUUGCUGCAUUCACUACUUAUAAAAAAAAGCAAAGUACACAGAAAGAAAUGUAUACAUCGAGAAGACUUUGUAGCUGA